UCACGUGAUAUCCCAGCAGCGGCCGCGAGCCUGACUUCUAGCAUCGGGAGCGCGCCCGGUUCCCCCCAGCCUGGCCCGGUCCGGUGAGCGCGUCCACCAUGUACCGAGCGCUGUACGCAUUCCGCUCCCCGGAGCCCAACUCCAUGCAGUUCGCGGCCGGAGAGAGCUUCAUCAUCCUGGAGCGAUGUAACCAGCACUGGUGGCUGGCCAGUCGCUGCAGCACCGGGGACACGGGCUACGUACCGGCCUCCUACCUGGACAGGAUCAAGGUCCAGGAACAAGAUGUUGUUCUUCAAUCAAUUGACCGUGCUAUUGAAGCAAUUCAUAAUGCAGCCAUGAAAAAUGGGGGGAAGUACAACUUGGAACAGAGAGAUGUUCUUCAGAAACUUAUCCAUCAUCGCAAAGAAACACAAAGUCGAAAUCUGCACUCGCCAACCUCUCAGUCAAAUUCCAUAACCACAUCUACCAGUGAUCACCACUUGGAUUCUGUGCGGCAGCCCAACGGCGUAUGUCGUACUGGUUUUGAGCGCAACAUGAGCUUGCCAAACCCAGAAAUUCCAUUAGAUGGAGAAAAUCUUUAUCAGGUCCCUCCACAAGCACGACGAGCGGCCCCUGUCACUCCCCCACCACCUGAGAAACGGAAAAAUGCGCAAAGAACCCUGUCUACGAAAAAUUGUGUUGACGAUGGUUCAAGAUCCAUAUCGAACACGUCUACUGUAAGCAUCUCCUCGAUCGAUACCUUAGGCAACUCUUCUACGGACUCUUGCCAUCCUACAGCAACCUCGAGCCCAAGUAAUACCCCUCCACCUGUGCCAAGCAGAAGUGCUCACACUACAGUUUCCCAAAGUUUGGGCCCAACAGCAUUAUCCCUUGGAAUUGUAAACUCACAAAACAAGAUGGCCACACCAGGACCACCCAGUAAAUUAGAAAUUGGCAGUCAAAAUAACAAACUCUCACAAGUAAAGAAGAUGGCUCCAGCUCCGCCUCUUAGUGUGGAAGCUUUCAAUACCGUUAACCAGGAGAGCAAAGGCAAACUGUAUGUGAAAUCUGCAGCACAGGAAACCCCUGCUGGUGCCGUAACUGUUCCAAAAACAAUAAGUGCUGAGCUAAUCGAACUAGUUCGCAAAAACACCAACCUCAGCUAUGAACUGUCUCGGGUGGCUAUAGGCGUGGUGGUCGGCCACAUUCAGUCCUCUAUCCCAUCUACAGCUUCUGUCAUGGAGCAGAUCCUUAUCUCUCUAGUGGAAAAUAAGGAUUCAAGUUGUGGAUUACCUUCAGGACAGAUAUGUCAUGAUGAACAGCGCCUGGAGGUCAUAUUUGCUGACCUGGCUCGUCACAAAGAUGAUGCCCAGCAGCGUAGCUGGGCUCUUUAUGAAGAUGAAAACGUCAUCCUUUGCUAUUUGGAGGAGCUGCUGCUAAUUCUGACAGAUGCAGACCCAGAAGUGUGCAAGAAGAUGUGCAAGAGGAACCAGUUUGAGUCCAUUUUGUCCCUCGUGGCUUAUUAUCAAAUGGAACACAGAGUCCCGUUACGGCUUUUGCUGCUAAAGUGUUUUGGAGCCAUGUGUAACCUGGAUGCUGCCAUAAUUUCUGCUCUUGUCAACUCAGUCCUUCCCAUGGAACUGGCUCGAGACCUCCAAACAAACACACAGGAGCACCAGAAGAUGUGUUACUCUGCUUUAGUCUUAUCGAUGAUUUUCUCUAUGGGAGAGCCUCUUCCAUACCACCAUUAUGAACAUCUGAACUCCCAGUUUGUCCAGUUCCUGUUGGACGUUAUUGAGAACGGUUUGCCAUCUGAUGUUACGGAGCAGCUGCCGGACCUGUUUAUCAAUGUGCUUCUGGCUUUUAACCUUCAUAUACCAGUCCCGGCAAACAACUUAAUCAUGAAAGCCUUAUGCAAGGUCUCCAACGUCAAGAUUUUCACAGAGAAGCUGCUGUUGCUGUUGAAUAGAGGUGAUGAUCCAGUUUGCAUCUUCAAGCACCAGCCUCAGCCCCCACAUUCUGUCCUGAAGAUCCUCCAGGAUGUUUUCUCCAGCAAAGACACCGCAAAUCUCUUUUACCAUUCGGAUAUGAUGGUUCUAAUCGACAUAAUUGUGCGUCAGAUUGCCGACCUCUCACCUGGAGAUAAGCUACGGAUGGAGUAUCUCUCACUGAUGCACUCCAUCAUUCGUUCAACCGACUACCUCCAACAUCUGCACCGCCAUCAGGACCUUCACGGAAUCCUGCAGCGCAUUUUAUCUGAAGUAGAGGAAGAGCCGCACUGUCAGAUGGAUAAAAUGAUCGCUCAAGAAAUAUACAAAGAGUUCCCUGAGUUCAAUCCAGAAAGUGGAUAAACGUCAACGGAUGUGGCAAAUGAUUUGGUUAUCUCUACUAAUCACUUAUAACAUCAUCAUAUGCACCUUUUAACUACCUUUUAACUACCUUUUAACUGCACAGGAACAUUUUGCUGUUAACCCUUGUCAUUCUGAGGUGGUGUCAUUUCAACAGUGCUGCUGUUUUGAAAAAAAAGAAUCUUAGUUCAGCAUACCUUUCUGCAUUAAGUAGAUUUCAUAUAUGUGCAUACAGUAUUGUGUGGUUGUUGCAAAGAUUUCUGUGCCAGGCUGCUCACUAAAAAGUACUUUGAGGCAAUAUUGGUCACAAGGUUUGAGAAAAUGCAAAACCUGUCCAGUGUCUUUUUUAAAGCUACGAACACCACUAUGUGAAACUGUUAAUUUUUGGAUUUUGCCCCACCUUUUUUUGACUAAUCAUCUCUUUGUUAGCACUGAAAUUAGUAGGAAUUACUUCAAACUGGAUAAAAAUAGCGUCUAACUUUUUUGAUAGUACUUUGCCCAUUGUUUUCGUUUUGUGUUUUUUCGUGUGUAUAGAUUAUUAGCCUAACAAGCAUAGUUUAGGUUACAAAUCUCUUAACUUUGUUUCUAACAAACAUUUCACGAAUAAACUCAUGCAGCUAUCUACUCCAAGGUCUCUAGGUACCACGUGUGACAUUGUUUCAGGGUCAGUAUUGCAGCUUGCAGUUGAAUGCCAUAAGCGGAUGAUUUAAAAAUGUCUUAACACACAGUAAAUGUCUCCAAUUCCUAUAAUUGCAGAAUUCUACAUAUUUGAGUGGGUUCCUUUCUUUAUUAUUGAUGUGUCUAAUAUAAAUAUCUCUAAAUGUGUUUAUAAAUAGUAAAGAAAUGACUUGCUUUGUAAGCAAAUAACUGUCCUAGGGCGUUACCAGAAUCAUCCUUUAUUUUCCCUAAUAUGACAAAAAAGUAGCAUGGCAACCGGAGAGCAAUGUUCACUCUAAGACUCAGGGAGGUUUACAAUGCAUUUAUCAAUAAAAGAGGUAAUCUGCUUCCGUGUUUGCUAGGAUAACAGAAUAAUAGACAUAGUUUGCUAUGCAAUGCUCCAAUAUUAGCAUAUUACAUAUGUUUGCUUCUUUAACUUGGGUCAUGUGUUCUAAGCAUGAGGCGGGGACUAGGCAUGUAGAUUGUUCUAGGAUUACAUCACAAUCUAUGGACCUAAAAUUCUGGUGCUUAGUGCAAUAACCCACAGCUUAAAAAUAGUUAUUUACAGAGGGGUAAUAAUCAUAACUCACUCGUUUAUCUAUACUAUUGGUUGGUAAAGGAGAAAAUAUGCAUAAAACCACAAUUUCUGCCUGUCUGAUACAAAAUGUGUUUAGCAAGAUUUUGCUGCUGCCGCAGUAAGUGAAGAGCCAUUUUUUUGUAACCCAUUUUACUUUAGAGGUGGUUGUGCCCAGUUCAGAUGGGCUUCUACAAAACAACCCAUAUUCAUUAGGCUUCUAGCAUGGCAUGCACAGAGUAACGCUUAAGGCUUUAUUCACUAAUAGUUGGUUGUAAGCCAAACUGCAAAGCAUAGGCUAAAAUGGAAACGGGUCUCUAACUCCACUACAGUUAAAGCUGGACUGUCAUUCAAUUCUGUCUACAAUUUGGGCAAUAAGAAUGUUACUAUUAGUAAGGGCCUCUAUAGUUAUAUGAAUUAUUAGCUUUGGUACAGGGGACAAGUAUACAGAUUAGUAACAUCACUGCACCCAGUGUAGAGAGUCACCCUGUGGAUUGUAUCGAACUCUGUAUUAAUAACAAAGGGAAGAAAAAGACUAUGAAUACCGAAUUGCAUAGAUGAACAUGAGGUAAUGUCUCUCGAGUCAAUACUGCUUGUUGACUCUAAUGGGUGCAUUACAGUACUACUUUACUGGAUGUGCACUAGGUCCAGUCCUUUAUUCACCUGCAUUGCUACUUAACUCUGCCUGUAAUUUUAAUCAGUCCCUGGUGUAACUUUGCAAAAACAACAAACUGAGAAUUUAAUUCUAUGGACCUUUCCUAAAUGUCAUAACGCCCACAUCAUCCGCUAUGCAGAACAAUGUCGUACAAUGAACUUCAUAAUAAAGCAUGCACUACAAAGGAAACUAACAAAAAAAUGUCUGUCCUUUCUCCCUUUUUAUAUGUAAUGAGUCAUAGAAAAUAAAUUUGUUCGCUCUA